AUGGCAAAUGUGGCACCAGCAGAGCUUGCCAAGGAGUUCAGGAGCAUGCUGAUGAAAGUUGCCCAGAAAUUGACAGCGGAUGAGAUGUCACGAUUAUCCUAUGAAGAAGGGUUCACUCUGGAGCUGCCCCCAGGCUCCACUGGACUACAGGACAUGAGGGUCCACUUCUUACACAAGUUGGAAGCCAAGGGCGUCUUCAGUCCCAAGAAUCCUGACGGUUUCACUCGCGUACUCAAGCGAUUAUCCAGAGAAGAUUUGAUAGUGGAGGUGAAUAAUUACAAACUGAACCAUCUCUUCGUAAAACCCACAAAGAAAACCACGACAGAGAACCCUCAAGACAACCUUGAGGAUAUGUUUGCACUGGCCAUAACCCACGCCAGCAACUUGAUGUCAGGGUUGGAGGAACUUCGUGAGCUUAUACAACAACCCAUACCCAGAGAGAGGCUAGCGGCAGUCACUCCUCAAGUCAAGGAGGCCAUACUCAUGUUGUCCAAAGAGGAGCAAGCUGUGGUAUCCGUUUGUCAAGCCAUGAGAAAGGCAGCUGCUGACGCUGGUGUUAGAUUUCCUGCUCAUGCAAGCGCUCAGCACAGCUCUAGUGGGGGCAAAGGAAAAAAGAAGAAGCCUGAAACGUUAAUGAAACCUAAGUUCUACAAGAAACCACUAUCACAGAGCCUGUCUGUUGGUUUUGGAGCUACUGUCGCUUACAGACAAGAUGAUGGAGAAAAUUACGAUGAGAUUGUUUCCAUGUCAACCUUGGGUCAGGCAUAUGAUACGUACGACCAAGUUCCCAUCAGAAACCGCCCACUUUUGGAUUCUUCCCGCAAGGCACACGUGCCUCCACAAGGUUUCUGUGACAAUGCUGUCGACCCCUCGUGUGAAAGCGAGCAGCCUACAUACGACAAUGUUGUUGAAUCAUCCAAUGGAGUGGAAGAGAUGAACUAUGAUGUGAUUGUCGAUCAGACUGAAUUGGACGAGAACAACUAUGGAGUAGUGAGACACACAGACAGUGGGAUCGGAAGUGGAGAGGCAAAGCCGGGAGAAUGGCUACCUAGCAACCUCCAGCCACAAGAUCCCUCGCCCUCAGAGCUGGACGAAGAUGGGCUGGUUGAAAACCCAAUGUAUCAUACCCAGCUGCCACGAGAGAGAGGAGGGUACAUGGCACUGUUGAAGCAGCAAGUAGCUGAAGAUGAGGACUCUCUGUACAGUAACAUUGUAAGGAGACAAUGACAGUGCUAACAUUUUAAGUUGCUUGCAUGCAUGUAUAACAUAACAGCACAGUCAUGCUUUUGAGCACAAAUGUUUUUAUUACAAGUAUAUAUAGCAUAAUUAUGCAUUUUUACCAGUGCACUCAUUAUUAUUUGCUCGUUCAAGUUUUUAUUGUUGACAUAGUUGAA